UAAGUGAGUGAAGCAUCUGCAGACGUGGAGUGCUCAGCUGCUGACCUUGCUGCUAUUGGAGGUGGAUCUGUUCCAGGAAUAGAGACGAUACCCUCCCACCAAGCCUCAUACUUCAUCACGGUCACAUCCCCCCUGAGUUUUCUGUCUGGCUCCGCCUUUCUUUUCUUCCGUUUUUUCCAGGCCAGGAAAGCCAGGCAAAGACGGCAAGAGCUGGAGUGAGGCCACUCAGCCAUGGCAUAUCCUCCGGCAGACCCCGUCACGCAGCAGAUCUGCAGCACGCACGUCUUGCAGCACCCGGAGCCGGAGGAACUGCGAGAGGCCGCCCAGUGUCUGGUGGUAGAUGCGGACGGGAAAAAGAUCCCCUUCAGGGCCCUGUACGGGGAGCAGAAAGCGAUCGUGGUGUUUGUGCGGAAUUUUUUAUGUUACACCUGUAAGGAGUAUGUAGAAGACCUGGCAAAAGUCCCCAAGAGUUUUUUAGAAGAUGCAAAUGUGAGGCUUAUAGUUAUUGGACAGUCAUCUUAUCAUCACAUCAAGCCCUUUUGCAGUUUAACUGGGUAUAUACAUGAAAUGUAUGUAGAUCCACAAAGAGAAAUUUAUAAAACACUUGGCAUGAAAAGAGGUGAAGGUAACAACACACCAGGCACAUCAGUGCAGAGCCCUCACGUAAAAUCAAACAUGCUCUCGGGAAGUAUUAGGAGUAUGUGGAGAGCGAUGACUGGCCCAGCUUUCGAUUUCCAAGGAGAUCCAGCUCAGCAGGGAGGAACUUUGAUUUUAGGCCCAGGUAAUGAAGUUCAUUUUUUGCACCUUGAUAAACACAGGUUGGAUCAUGCUCCCAUUAACACAGUUUUGCAGCUGGCAGGAGUUAAAACAGUAAAUUUCACAAACAAAUCCCAGAUCAUUGACAUAUGACACUGAGACAAUAUAUCAUUGUUUGUUUGUUAUAAGCUACAAGGACAAUAUUCCAGAGAAUUCCCACCAGCAUGAGUACUGUUGUGUCUUUAUGGGACAUCUGAAACCGUAUCUAGAAUACCAGCGCACUGAAUAAACUACCUUGCCUUGAAGAUGGACACAAAAGUGCUAUUUCUAUUGUAUGUAAGAUAAAAAUAUCUGAGUCUUACUGCAAAAAUUCCUUUUGCUUAUUAUUUUCUAAUCAAACAAUCUUGUUAGCACAUUUUAAAAAUCUUUGUUCAGGAUGCACUAAAUGAUGGUGGAAAAACCUCCAAACCUGGCUUUGCUCAGAAGGAACUUGGGAUUCUUGCCUUUUGGUAGAUCAUACUGGCUUUUCAAUUCAAUACUUUUCAGUGAUAUUUUAAAGGUCCCAGCACUGUGCAACAAACAUAUUAAAAUAUACCUUGAAAAAUCACAAUUGCAAACAGUGAGACUUAAGCUUAUGCAUACUCUUGUAUCUUGCACUGACAGACACUACAAAAUACUUUUUAUAAUUUUAAAUAAAUAUUUUAAAUAUA